CGCAUUUCGCAAUUACAACAAGAUAAAACAUCGGGUAAUGAAUAAUUAAUUUGUACAAAACAGUCAUUGUAUAAGUUUGAAAACAGCACUACAGGGAAGCAGAGAUAUUUCGGAUGUUUUGUUGUCUACGUAUGGUAUAAUACACUACAAUCAAGCCUUCACUAUCGAAAAUAACGACGAAAGAACGACAGCAAGACGCCUKCAGUCGAAAUGACUAACGGAAAGCCCAAGGCAAAACYCUCUAUAGGUGCUGUUUUGAAAGAAUUCUCCCAGAAUACAACAGCGCACGGMAUAAGUCAAGUUCACAUUGCAAAUAAUUGGUUUUGGCGAAUACUGUGGGUGGUAGCAUGUGGAGUUGGCAUCGGUGUCGUUAUUUGGCAGAGUACUGCCCUUGUUAUAACAUAUGUGGGUUUACCACAAAAAACUACGAUAGACGUUGCUUAUUCGCAGACAGUAAACUUUCCAAUGGUYACUAUAUGCAAUCUCAACAGCAUUAAAAUGUCCCGAAUUAAGAAAGAAUUCCCAAAAAUACAUGAAAUUCUGGAAGAAUACAACAAAGUUCAGGAUUCCGAUAAAGAUGUCAACGUCUCCAACUUUAUGAGCAAUGAAGGAAUGAAAGAAACSAUGAAAAAAGGGAUAAUGACAGACGAAGAAAAGGACGAAGGGAAACCAGCCAUGAGUGACGUUGAAAUGGAUGGAACAGAAAAUCAUCACUUUACUUUUGAUAUCUAUCAUCUGAGUGUUGUCGUUUGUUAUUCAGAGGUCUUUUUCUUCCUUUUUUGUAGUGAUUUCAAGAAAUAUUGGCGCCAAACUUGGAACUGGAGAUAUGGUAACUGUUUCACAUUCAAUGCAGGAACCAAUGAGAAUGGCACAAAACUACCAGUCAUGUCAAUAACUAAACCUGGACCACUGUUUGGUUUAUCGCUCGAUCUAUUUAUUGAUCAGAAGGAAUACUUCGGUCUUUUGAGCCAAGAAGCAGGAGUCAAAGUUCUUCUCACAGACCAGCACCAAAUUCCCUUCCCCACCACCCAGGGAUUUACAGUUGCACCUGGAGUUUCUUCGUCGAUUGGUGUCAGAAAGUAUGUUAUCGAGAGAAUUGACCCACACAAGAAUAAAAGCUGCAAUGCCGACRAAAACGUCGGAGAAGAUUCCAUUUACAAACACAUYAAAGGAGUCAAGUACUCAGUACAGGGCUGCAUGAAUUCUUGUCUUGCCAAUAAACAAAGGGAAACCUGUAACUGCACUGAAGGGAAAUAUCGGUCACCAAGCGAAGAAAACGUUUGCAUGGACAAAGAACAAGUUGAAUGCCAAUAUGAUGUUAUCAGAGCAUACCGAAACAACACAUUGGGAUGUACACAAAACUGUCCGCAGUCGUGCACGCAUUCUUCGUACAGAGUUAGUCUCUCGACGGCUCUUUGGUCGGAAUCUUUUGAAAGAGAUUUUCAGAAACAAAUCAUGAAAUCUGGCAAAGGAUUCGAUAGUAAAAUGGGCAAAGACAGUGCAAUGAUGAAACAAAACUUUCUUCGCGUGAAAAUAUACUUUGAUGAGCUUAAUCUCGAGAAGAUUACCUAUUCAAGAUCAUACCAGAUUGAAGAUCUUUUGUCAGACAUUGGUGGUCAGCUUGGGUUAUGGAUUGGCAUAUCGGCACUGACAAUUGUUGAAAUUCUAAAACUUAUGUUAGAUUUGACGAACUGUGUGGUCGGAAAGAUCUUCUCGGCGAACGAAAAGAAAGUCAUGGGGAUAGACAACAUUGCGAUGUAAAUGCCGCGUAUGUUCACCUUUUGGAUCAUCAAUACACUUAGUGGUUAUGAACAGACAAUACACUGGAGAGGGACUCAAGAUAUAUCAAUAACAAAAUAUCAAGAAAGAAAUAUCAAUAACAACUAUUACAUACACCUAUUUCUAAAAACGUUGUCUGAGAGAACGUCGAUUGUUAAAGGGAGAAUGCACGACCCAAAGGGACAAUGGUUACACUGUUUUGACAAACAAAAUUUUAUUUAUCGGAUUCACUUUACAUAGAAAUGGAGUCCAAAUAAAAACUGUUCACCACAGACCAUCUUACAGUAUAAAUCAGUUGUUAUUUCUCAUUAAUUAGCAGAACCCAUGGUUACUUUCGGUCGUGCAAUCGUAGUUCCACAAUUGACGAUCGCUAUUUUAUUCGACAACCUUUUUUGAAAAAGGUAUAUACACGUCGAAUAUCUUGGAAAGAGAUUUUUUUUUCGUUGGACUAUCUCAUCUCUCACUGCCAAUGAGAUGAAAUCCAGGACUGAAAACCUGGGCCGGCUGGUGCGCACAAGGGAGAAUAGCGCUAUCCAGUGGCUAAAUGAUUAUCUAGCGGAUAAAAUCCUUAAAAAAUCUAACGAAUGGAUAGCAUUAUCAAGCCUUCGUACAAUUGUUCCCUGUUGUCGUCGAUUUAUAUAUAUAUGUCGUUCAUCGCAGCUCCAUUCGUACUCAGUACUUACUUACUUAUCCCCAUCUUCCCUAGUGGGAAAUAGGGCCGCGACACAGUAAUGCCUCCGAUAAACAUACUUCCAAAACAUCAAAUGAUAUCUGUAAAACAUGUAUACAAUAAAAUACUUUCAUAUCCAUCAAAAACAAGAAAUAAAACUAAGCCUUCCUUGCAUGUUCAACAUUAUUUUAGAGUAUGGAUAUGAUUUAAAUAUUAAACACUGGAAAAAAAUUGAUUUCCAUUCAAAUUUUGUAUGAAAUUUGCGGAAAGUUCGAGAGAACGUUGACUAAAUUUUAUAUGAUCGAUAUCAUUGAAAAAUUACACCAAAAUCACCGACACUAUACUUCAGCUCUCUUGCCUCGAGGUAUGUUUAUACAUACUUUCAAUUGGCUUAAAAAAUUAUAAAUGGGUUUGGAAGACAUGCUAUGAAGUCUUCCUUAACUUUUUCUUCUUUUUUCCCGUUUUUAAUUGUUUUUAAUAGAUUGCUAGAGCAUGUCUUAACAUUAACUAACAAUUGACUUCUUGUUUAAAGAGAGUAUUAUCUACUAGUACCUAAGCCCGUGCAAUGGAUAAUUGAGUAAUACAUUUUAAUAUAGUCGCUAAAAUGGCUGUUUUUGUUUUGUUUCGUAAAUGUAGUGUUUUAAAAGGUCAAAUGACCAAACUAUGUUCAGAUGCUGAACAGUCGCAUUCACAAUAAACACUAGUUAGAAAUAUUGGACUCAAUAGUCUCCUUCACGGCUAGGUGCGCCAUCUUGAAAGGUAGCCGUGCCUUUACAUCGAAGCGAGACGAAU